AUGGGCAAAGGAAUAAUAGUCGCUAUUAUUCCGCAGUUUGAAAUUGUGCUUUCUGAAGCAUACGCAAGAGAGGAUUGUGCGGUUGGCAGCGCACGUCUAGCUCUUGCAUUGAUAUCUCAGAUCUUUAGUCCACAGCGACUGACAAUACCAGGAUUGUCUCAUAUUGCAACACACAUAACCAGGUUUCUCAGCAUUGGCGGUUAUCACAUUGCUGAAUCUAUAACAAAAAACAAGGAAUAA